AUGUGCUGUAGAGCGUGCCGGUUCACCUUAACAUCUCAUUGCAGGUCAGUAAUUGUAAACGGCCUCGUUGAAGUGGUGAAACCAAAUGGCGAACGAGUAGAAUAUAAACUGGGGGACUCCUUUGGUGCUGAGCCAAACCCAGCUGUACAAUAUCAUGUUGGCGAGAUGCGGACCAUGGUGGAUGACUGCGAGUUUGUGCUUGUUGAACACAAGGAUUUCUGCUCGAUUAUGUCCACCAUUGGGGAGCAUAUUGAGAAAGAUCGCGAUGGACUGACUGGUGAAGUCGUAUCGGAGACAGAGCGGAGAACUGUUGGAAGUCAAGUGGGACUUGUGCUGAUCAAGGGAAAGCCAGACAAACUCAUUCAACAUCUUGUUGAUGAAAGAGACAGCAAUGUGGAUCCGCAUUAUGUGGACGAUUUCCUACUUACCUAUCGAGUAUUCAUUCAUAAUCCUACGAUAAUAUUCGAGAAAUUGAUGAUGUGGUUUGCUGACACUGCACUGAGGGAUAAGGUUCGUCAAUCUUCUUUUGCUGCUCCUCGUUAA